ACUUAGACUCUACAGCAUUUCUUGUUCACGUGCGUUCGUCACUGCAGUGCACACUGCUUCACCUUUAUCAAGUCUGGAGGCCACUUAUCGAUAUUAUCACUUCUUCACAUUGUCCUUGCAUCCUCUGAACACCAGCUGCCAGCAUGAACGGCAUCUAUGAUGACAUGCCACCCCUAGUCGACUCCAACGCUGGUAUGCCGCAGCCAAAUAUACCCCAUCCACCAGGUGCAACAAUUAUGGGGGGUUAUCCACCCCCGCAAAACGCAUAUCCUGGCCCAGGGUGGAAUGCGCCUAUGGCUUACCCGUAUCCUCCAUUCCAAAACCAGGCAGCAGGUCAAGAGGAAUGGGCGAAAUGGACUCAUUACUUGCAAGCUCAGGCUGCGCUAGAACGGCCAUCUAUGCCAAGUCCUUAUGUACCUCACCUGCCCAUGAAUCCAGAGACCGCCCAACAUGAUCCCCGCAGGCGAAGUAAUAGCAUUUCUGCUGCUUUUCCACCACAAGCCGCACCGUGGAAUGCGUGGGGGCCAUCGAUGUCCUAUAACCACGCCAGACCUCCCAUUCAGACAUUCCCAAGCACAAGUUCACACACGCCCUCAUCCGCAGUCUCUAUGUCACGGCCAUUAUCCACAUCUUAUGUGCCUCCAGAUUGGCCGGGAGAGCCUCCAAAAAGCUGGAGACGCGACUUCAAAUUCAGGUCGGGGAUUUCGUCCCUAUUCCGAAGCAAGUCUGUAACAAGACUACCCGAUGCAUCCACCGAUAGCGCUCGCCUCACCCUCGCUACUGUCCUGCGACAUGACAAAGCCAUAACCCUCGAUCUUCGCCACAGCCAACACUUGCUCAGAAUUCACGCGCUACAGCGCCCAGUAGUCGCAAACGACUUGAUGCAACCAGCCACAAACCCACCAACGAGGUUCAUGCGUAUCUAUCACACGCGCCUACCGUGGUACAUCGAUGUCAUGCCGAUUGGCAAUGGCUCCUACGUCACACUGGGAGACUUGUUCAUGGUUUUAUGUCAAUUCCUCGCUGAACGGAUACGAAAUGAGGAUUAUUACAACGAUGUGCUGGAUGCCGAGGACCGGGGGGCGCUUAAGCAGGCUUGGGAGCAGCGUUGUAGGAACAGGAGGGAACGGAUGGAUGGGGUGAAACGGGUUGAUUUCUUGCGAGAAAAGUAUAUGUUUCUGGGGUUGACUCGUGGCAAGAGUGGCAUGUGGCAGCUGCGUACGGAAAGAGACUCAAGGGAGUACUCAUAGACAUGGGGAAUUGCACGCGGAUUGUCUAGUGCGGGGAUCCCGUCACGGGUUCUGGCGGGCCGCCCUGAUUUCAUUCCACUUCUCACAAAGAUAGCACUUGUUGCAUCUUUGCCUUCAAAGGAUAUUCGUCACGUCGCGAUUCGAGCUGGGAGAUAUUCUUGCCGUCUUGCCUUGUACAAUUUUCACAGUCCGCCCAUCGGAGUCUAGAAUACCCGAUCAGCGCGCAAGUUGCGGCCAACAAGGCUGACCUAGCCUGGCAGCAGCUGGCCACUUACACUACCGCGGACAGCUCGAGAAACGAGUCUAACUUAUAAGGUAGACACGCCCUUGUAACCAUAUGAUUUUCUACACAGACUCCGGCUUGGCACAUUCGAACUUCCAUUCAUGUUCGUCUUUUGGCGCGAGAUUUACCAUCCAUCUGCUUGUUCGGUAG